ACCCUGGACGACAUUGCCAAGUACUUCAACAUCCCCAUCGCUGAUGCCGCUGACACUCUCGGUGUUUGUACUAGUGUCUUGAAAAGGAUAUGUCGUGAGAAUGGGAUUAUAAGGUGGCCUUACAGAAAGUUUCUUGCUGGGAAGACUAUUGAGGAUAUAAAGAAAGAAGCUGCAAGAGAAAAAUCCAAGGAGCAAGCUGCGUUAUCCAAUAAAGCUAAAAAUCUUGAUGCUCAAAAAAUGAUGCCGUCAACUGCAGCUGGACUUUCAACUCACGGGAAUCUUGUUCAGAGUAUAACAACAGGACAUGGGUUUUCUGCAUCAGGGAAUAUGUUGCAACCACAAGCAAAUAGAAGUUUCCAACAUGGAUUGCAUAGUACAGUCCAAAAUCAGACGAGGCAUAUACCUACCUACUUCGAUGAUUUUAAAUAUGGGUUUCCAGCAAAUGGCCUGUCAUGUACUUCAAUUAAAUGGUGGGGAAGUAACAGCAUUGAAAGUAGUGAGAAGAUUGAUUCGGGGAAAUCUGCAGCCAACAAAGACGGAAAACAAAAUUCCUGCAAAUUCAAUGAGUCCUCUGAGUGUAUGAUGAUUGAUGACCAAUCUGAUGGUAGUAGCAUAAAGGACAGUGCCACUAAAAUAGAGCCAUCAGCUUCCUUGGUAUCUCUAAGAAAAAGAGCUUUAGAAUUUGGAAUUGAGUCGCUUCAGGUUGGAAUAUCAAAUUGUGAACCCUACAAGUUGGGUAAGAGAAAGCGGUUACUUUUGUUGCAAGUGUUUGGAUCUUCGUUGCCAGAUCAAUGGAAGGACGGUUGUUCUUGAAGUUAUGAAUCAAUUAUUAUUCAGAUCUUCAGAAUGUGAUCGCAGGUUGCCUCAAACGAUUCUGCUCACCUGUUCAAAGCCUACUGCUUUAGAUUCUGGCAAAGCUGAUAAUUAUUGCGAGGAAAAUUUAACAUCUAAUUGUUGUAAUAUUGACAUCAUCUGUUUGAGUUACUAUAUCGUUUUAAUGAUGAAAUACUGGCAACAAUGAUUAAAUGAAUUUUUCGGAUCACAGGAAAGGGUGAUCUAAUCAUUUU